ACGAUAACCCAAACAAACCAAUCAUCCUCUCCGUGUAGGCCGCGGGAUUCCGUGUCCCUCUCCAAUCCGGCGUAGCCAUCGUCGCCGGAUACAGGAUCCGGUCCCCGCGAUGGAGCCCUCACCAACCUCCUCCUCGCCGGCUGUGGCGCGCCGGUUGUCGCCGGAGGUAAGGAGGGUGCCGAAGCGGGCGCUGGAGGAGUUGUUGGAGCAGGUCCAGCGGGCUGUUGAGAUGCUGCGCGAUGCCGACGCUGAUCUCGCCAUCUCUCUCUCGGAGGAGACCGCAGCAGCCUCGCCGGAGGCCGAGGACCGCAAGGACGAUGUUGGUGUCGAUGGAGAUGGCAUGGCGACGUCGUCGGUUGCGAGUGACUCCGAUUACGAGACGACGCAGAUGUGUGACCUUCUUAAAUCUAAGGUUGGAUCACUCGAGUUCCUUCAAAAGCUCAAUGGUAUUCAGAAGUCAGUAGAUCAGAAUUGUGCAGUUGAACCUGAUACAUCAUGGGAUAUAAUAAAGUCGGAUUUGUGGGAAGAUGGUGACUCAGAUGAUGGAUAUGUUCUUGUUAAACAGGAAGAUGUGGUUGAUGGGAUCACUUCCUUUAUGGCUGCAUGCCUGUUAUCACUUAAAAGAACCAAGGACCUGCCUCCUGAUCAACUUCAGAAAGCACUUAGGAAGAUGUUUUCAGCUGAAAAGAAGAAAAGUAAAAUCAGAAAGGCUUGGGAUGGAACUAAACUCAUUUAUAAUGUUACUUCAUGGGGCGCCACUGCUGUUGGGUUCUACAAUAAUCGAGCAUUGCUUACGGUCGCAAGUACAGCAUUUCGGACUUCCUGCCGUGUGAUAUCCAAGUUCCUUUGAAUAUUGUGUAGGGUAUGUUAGAACUGCUUGCGUCUGCUUUUCCGUUCUUCAGCUAAUAAAAAGGUAGCAUAAAGUCGGAAUCCAUUUGCUUAAAUCUGUCCUGUUUGCCAGCGACAUCAAGAUUUCGCAGUCGAGUUCGACUGCUAAUUACGUAUUCUCUUCAUUUUUUUUAUUUGUCGCGGUUUAGUUCAAAAAUGAACAAAUAUUAGCAUUUAGCAGCGCCUCUAGUCCAAAGCAGCGUUGGUAUUGCACAACUGUAAAUGUUGCCUUGCAUUGAACAAACUUGCUUCCGUGCCAGAAUUUUAUUUUGGUCACCUGAAA